CCGUGGGUCCAACUUCAUGCAUCUACUGCUCUGUCAAUGCUCAGUUGAUGUUUCUCUCAAAGUUUCUUGCAAACCUGAGGAAUAGGGCCCUCCAUACCUCUCAUCACUGUGUAAUCCCUUUCAAACUCUUCUCACCCGUUAGAUGAGCAAAAGCACAGCACCAUGGCUGUUCCUGGCAACUGUGAUUCAACGGAUGCUGAAGAUGGUGACUGGCUUCUGGAACUCUUGCGGGACAUCCAGUUGGAACAGUUCUUGAGGCGUCUUCAGGAUGAUUUGCAGGUCACCAGACUAUCCCAUUUCGACUAUGUGCAAACAGAAGAUUUGGAGAAAAUUGGCAUGGGGAAACCUGCUGCUAGGAGAUUACUGGAAGCUGUUAAGAAGAAAAAAACAGCCCAAUGGAGACGUUCUUUACUGAAUAAAAUUCUUCCUGUUCAGCAUAGCAAAUCAGCAACUCUUCCCAAAUCGUCGGAUAGAAACCUGGGACUUGGCCUCACUUGUUUAAUACAAGAGAAAGAAAUCAAACUAACCAGUAAAUUAGGAGAUGGCACCUUUGGUGUGGUUCGCAAAGGAGAUUGGCAGCAACCUAAUGGAAGGACAGUGUCAGUAGCAGUGAAAAUCUUGAAGCAAGAUGCUCUAUCUUUACCAGGAGUGUUCGAAGAUUUUGUGAAAGAGGUUCAGGCCAUGCAUGUAUUAGAUCAUCCCAAUUUAAUCCGAUUAUAUGGAGUUGUUUUAUCUCAGCCCCUGAUGAUGGUUACUGAACUGGCCCCACUGGGAAGCUUACUAGAUUUCCUUCGUAAACAGUGUGGUCACACACCUCUUCCCCAGCUAUGGGAGUUUGCUAUUCAGGUUGCAACUGGUAUGGCUUACCUAGAAACUAAAAGAUUUGUACAUCGAGACCUUGCUGCUCGGAAUGUUCUGUUAGCUGCUCAGGACAAAGUGAAAAUUGGAGACUUUGGGCUCAUGCGAGCAGUUCCUCAAGAAGAAGACUGUUAUAUAAUGACGGAGCAUAAGCGCGUUCCCUUCCCAUGGUGUGCUCCGGAAAGUCUUAAAACCAGGCAGUUCUCUCACUCAUCUGAUGUAUGGAUGUAUGGUGUUACAGUGUGGGAAAUGUUUUCUUUUGGAGAGGAACCUUGGAUUGGAUUGAAUGGAACUCAAAUUUUGAAGAAGAUUGACAAAGAAGGGGAGCGUUUGGCACAUCCAGAAGUUUGCUCAGAUGAAAUGUACCAUUUGUUGCUUCAGUGCUGGAGCAAAGAUCCACAGAAACGACCAACCUUCUCCUCUAUCCGUGAGUUUCUAUUAAAAAAUCCAUGUCCAGUCAUGAAAGCAACGCAGAGUUUUGAAAAAGAUGGUGAACCAGGUGUGCUUAGGAUACAACAAGGUGAUGCAAUCGCAAUCAUCAAUGGCCAGUCUGAACAUUAUUGGUGGAAAGGACAAAACCUCAGGACUUUUGAUAUCGGAAAUUUCCCUCGAUGUUUAAUGGAUCCUCAGCGGCGCAAACAGUCGGAAGAUAUCAGUAAGCCCCUUCAGAAUUCUUUCAUUCAUACCGGUCAUGGCAAUCCAUAUGGGCGAUCAUGGGGUAGCCCCUCUGCUAUUGAUGAAGUUUAUUUGCAAAACCCUAUGGAUCCACCUGAUAUUUUGGGUGUUUCUGUCAAUGAUCUCAAAAGUGAAUCUCCCUCUGCGUUACCAAGUUGGAGAAAAGUGCAUUACCAUCUAGCACCUCCAGCUAGCAUCCAAGCUAAGAAACAGUUCAACUACCACAAAUUAGUGAGCAAAUCUUCUAGAAAUCCCAAGCAAAUUUUAAGACCUGCCCCUGGACGACCUCCGGAUCCAUUCUCUCCGAAGGAACGGAUUAGCAAUGAAGUAGCAUCUCCGCUUAUAGAUUUCUUGGCAGAACCUUCAGUACCUGUUAGCAAUCCUGUCUCUCGAAGUAAUAGUGAUGUUCAAUCAAUUCUAGAUGAACCAAUUGACAUACCAGAACAAAGUACACAAGAUAGAUGGAGUGACAACAGAAGUUUUUCCAAUACUCAUCAAACGUACGCCAAUUUUAAUUUUGACCCUCAAAGUACACACGCCGCUCUGUUUUCUCAAAACGUGCAUGAACCAGAUCCAUUUGAUACAUCUCAGAUAUAUCAAGCUUUACCAAAAAGUUCUCCACAGUUAGAAUCUGGAGCAACAGCAGCUGCUGAGUUCCCAUGUAACACAACUAGUCGAUACUACUCCAGUACAUCACAGUCAUCUCAUAUAAACUUCAAUAACUCUGAGGCUGUUAGUUGCUCCAGUCAGCCACCAAGUGAAUCAAGAACAAAUGAGGCCACCAGCAAAAGUAGUAAUGAAAUCAAUCUAAGGACAAUGUUAGAUCCGAAAUUCAUCGCUGAGUUAGAAAAAAGCCUAGGUCAACAAGAAGCCAGUGCUAAUAAGAAUAUGAAUAAUGACAUAAAUACAUGUAAGUCUCAUUACAACAUACCAGCCUUAAGACCACCUCCGUCAUCCAACAGAUUGCAGCAAAUGGGGUCGUCAGCUGUGUCAUCAUCUCAAAUACAAAAUUCUUGGUCAAGUAAAAGCAAUAUACUCAGAAAUUCCAUGGACAGAGAUCAAAGGCAAGAAAACUCCAACAGUUCAUCUCCUUCUCAUACUUUUGCUCCGGUGUACUCUAACACCUGGGCUCCCAUUAACUUUGAAGAAGUUUCAACUGGACAUGUCAAUGGGAUCCGCCCAACUUAUGAUUUGGCGAGUAAUCUAUCUUAUGACACCAUAGAUAAAAUUAAUCGUGAAUUUCAAGCUCUCAAGAAACUAAAUGUAGAGAACCAGGUUUCGCAGUCAAGACCCAGAAAUACUGUGGUCAGAGAGUCCUCUCAGAGUCAUGUUUAUGAUCCUGUCUCAUCAUACGCACCAACGUCAGCUCCAGUGUAUUAUGAAUACACAAAUCAAAGUGAUCAGGCUGCAAUGCAAGAUCGAAUUACUUGGUUGGUGACAGAAGUUGGCACUGAUGUGACCCGUGAAGAAUGUUUACGAGCGCUACAAACAAAUUGUUGGGACGUUCCUUCGGCUACUCGAUUCAUAAAAAUGGAGCAGUUACUCAGGCUAGGUCUAGGUUCUCAAUUAGAAUGUAAAGCUGCACUAGAAGCAGUUGACUGGAAUGUAAAUCAAGCGGCUGCUAGACUGCUUGACCGAGAAGAUAAUGUCAUGACUGCAAGCUGAUGAAAUAAUUUUUCUCAAUUUACUUUGUUUUGUUUUAUCGUAUCAGUAUUGUCGUAUCAUCAUUGUUUCAAAUUUAAAUGCAGGUAAUGAGCUAAACCCUGUAAUUUAUCUCUAUUCAACACAAUAGUCAAUGCCUACCCAAUGAAUGAUCGAACUGGAAGAAACACUUUGAACUAUAGGAAGUCUUUUAAGUAUUUUAAGAUCCCUAAACCAAUUUUUUUGUUACUCAAUCAAUCAAUAAUAAGAUUAUAUCUACAAGUAGGAUAUGGAGCCCUUUGGGGUUUUUUCGGCCCAAAAAUCGGUCAACAUUUGAUUACUCAGGAACAAUCUCUAAAACUUUUUUAACAAAUUUUGCUUUUUGUUAUCAUCGAGACUCCAGUUCAGUUUUGAAAUUACAUUGCACGAUAAAUUUUUGCAAAAUGAGGUCGCCCUUUGUGUUUUUGCUGGAAAAUACAUAGGUUGUCGCAAAAAUAAGUGAACUGAUGCUGCCGUUUCAAAAGUAGUGAUAUUGAAUACAUGAUUUUAGUCUCAUUUUGAAGAUCAAAGUUUAAGCUGUUAAUCGAGACCAUGAUCAUUUCACUGGCUCAAAAAGCGAUGAAAAUAUGACCACUUUGGUGAAAUGUGAAGUGCUGCUGCUUAAGAGUUCAUGACAGAAAUGUUUUCUUGGGUAAGUUUUAUCCUCAUUUCCCCUACUUUCCAAAUCUAUUUGAAGGUCACGUUGUUCUGUAAGUACCUCAUAUCGUCCUUAAUGCAUUUUUGUUUUCAAUAGUGCCAAAUUCCAAUCAGAGGUUUGUAGAGUUGCUCCUUUGAGAAUUCAUUGAUAAUCAGAUACUGGAGCUUAGCUAGGAUCCAGUGUUGGACGCUGAACACUUCUAUUGUACAAUACUACUUUAAAGCUGCACCGGAGUCUUUAAGUAAAAUUCGAUUUAUUUCAACCUGUUUCGAGGCCUUAAUGGGCUCCUGUCCUUCUUUCCUAUCCUUCAGAAAUACUCAAAUAUUAAUAAUUGAACUUGCCUGGCUGUAUUGACGAACUAUACAUGAUUUUUUUUUUCUUUCUUAGUUACUCAAAUUACUGUAAUUUUAAAUUCUGAGUUAUAUGUUAUUUGGAUUUAUGCUGGCCUGUUCUGGCUAGUUUCCCUCUAUUAAUGUUGGUUUGACGGCUGAAUGACUGCCCACUAACAGGCAAAAAUAGGUCUCCAUUUUGGGAAACACUUUUACUGGAAAAUACUUAAAAUGAGAAAGUUCUCUCAACAGUUAAAAUAUAUUCUCCGCCAGUUUUCGUCUAUUAUAUUUAUUUUCCACCUCUUUUCUCUGCUUAGUUCUUACCAGUACUCGAAUCCUUUGAUGUGAUAAAUAAUUAUUUUUUUUUUUUAGACAAAUUUAUUAUACUUGUGCAAUUUUGUUAUUUCACUAGCUGUCUUUGUGAUAGAAGGAAACAAGUAAUAGCAAGUAUUGUGUCAUGCUGUUGAUUAUUCUAGGGAAACUUUGUCAAUUUUUUAGACACUUCGAUUACAUAUUGUCAAACAGUCUCUGUUCUUAUCUUUUGUCUUGCAUUUCUUUAUUUUUGUUCUACAAUUGAAAUUAUUGUUAUCCUUUCUCUUUUUACAAUCUCUCAAGUUUUUAUUUCACUUAUUAACCGUCACAAAUUAUACAUUCUGUAAUUGCAGUAAAUUUUCGUAUUGAUCUUUUAAUUAGUGAUAAGACAUACCUAGUGCCCAGAAAAAUUCAGGAGCAGCCUAAAUACAUCAUGCCAAUGUUCUGAAGUCAGGCCUAAUUACUCACAGGCGAGAAUUUCAUCUUUUCACACUCUCAUCUGUCCAAAUAUUGUCAAAUCAGAUAGCAAAAAGAAGCACUGCGAAGGUUUAAAGGGUAGGCCAAUCAUAUGUAUGAGUACAAAAAUUGGGUACCCUAAGUUUUUCGGGCUUAUUUGCGCAUUAUGAACUUGGCUCCUCAUUCGAAGUGUCAAAGAACUGAGAGACUGAGAGUGCAAUACUUUUGAUAUGGAAGUUGUAAAAAGGUGGAAUUAUAAGGCAUCAGUUUUUGAGCACCAACCCUUCUAUGAUGAAAAUGUCAAUUUUAAUUUAAUGUGCAAUUUCGUGUUUAGUGAACUGAGCUUAUAAUUAUUUCUCAAAUUUGUUUUGAUGAUAGCAAGAGAGAAGUCAAUUUUAAGUGUAGAAAAUCGGAGGAACCAUAAAAUUAUUUUGAGGUGUGCGCUUGCUCGAGUUUAGUAGGUACUUUUGUAAAUUAGAUGGCAGCAGAAAUCUCAGUGGUGCCUCAUAUGAUGGUGCACUAAUGAUCGGCCUGAUAAUUAUCGUUAGGUGUCAAGCUCGGAGCCUCCGUCACCAUUUUGCUUACCUGACUUUUGACUUGCUAGAUUCUAGAGUCUGCAUGAGUAGUUCAACUUAAACAGAAUUCAUUUUUGAACCCAUUCAGAGCACUCGCCACGUUUCUGCAAUACAAAGUUUUUUCAAAGACUUUUACAUAGUCACCAUCAAAUUUCUCGACCAAAAACUUUUCAGAAACAAUUAUUUGCAGGCUAACCCUUUUGCUAAAUUGACUCUUUGUUAUAAAGAAAUGUCUCUCGAAAUAACCUUGAUGCCUCCUCUAGCUUUAUCGGUUCAGCUUGGAAUUUAACUACCUGAAGCUUGUAAAACCAUUUAAGUGCUAUCUUUAUUGCAACUUUAUCAAAAAUACAAAGCAACUUUCAAUUGAUGAGUGGUCAGUCAUCCUUUUCUUCCAUAAAGCAAUAAAGAAUAUAUUUUUUCAGUUU